GCGUUAAUGCAGUAGGUUUAAGGCGGAGCGACACAAGUUCGUCACUUCACUCCGCCCAGUUAUUGCAGAGGCAGUGAGAGCACAGAAAAAGUUAUUGCACUCAAACGAUGGAACGAGAGCGGAACGGGCUCAGCUUAACAACGUGAAUAUUUCGAAUCGAUACAGAAGCCUCGCGUGCUAUGCGCUCUUGUUACAAACCGGAGUAUACGUAUAUGGGAUUCUGAAAUGCCUAUUGUCUAAAAAUUUCUCUGGAUUAUAAAAAAUAUACCGAGGCAUAUUACGGGAAAUAACGGUUCAACUCGACUGACUGGCUGAAGAUUUUAAUGUGUGCUACCGGUGGUAUAGACUAAUUGUUUUCAAUUCUGACUUUCACAGCAUGUUGCCGUCAAUUUGUUACAAAUCUGAAGUAUAUUGUGUGAAAUAAAUCGACUGUUUGGAACUGUAACAACACAUUUUUAUUCUCAUUUGUAAUUCGGACAGUUUCCAGGGGAAACAACACGUUUUGCGGCAGCAUGAGGCUGCCGAGACGUCCAAGUUUGACCAAAUGAGAUAUUACCUUAAUAACACAGUCCUCUCCAACCUGAAACGUACAUAUGCUACAUUGGUUUUAUCAGUCUGUCUGACAGCGGAGAAUUGUAUUUGUUUUGGACACCGACUAAUUAUUCUGGAGUUGUAACGGACUUUGCUUUACCCCCUCAUUAUAUUUUCCUCAUGGGAUGACAUAUUUAGCAUUUUUAUUUUCUCAUAUAAACGUUCCUAAUAUGACCAUGGAGCUUUUCCAUUUAAGGAUUGCCAUUUUAUUAUGGUGCCAGCUUGUUGUUGCUGCAUCCAGCUUGGAGAUAGGAGCCUAUGAUAUUGAGAGGGGAAGACCUGCCAAAUGUGAACCCAUCACUAUCCCCAUGUGCCAGGGCAUUGGCUACAAUUUGACAAGAAUGCCCAACUUCAUGAAAUAUGAAAGCCAAGCAGAGGCCAGUAUCAAACUGAAUGAGUUUGCCCCUCUAGUAGAGUAUGGCUGUGACGUGCACCUGCGCUUUUUCCUAUGCUCUCUCUACGUCCCAAUGUGCACGGACAAAGUGUCCACCACCAUCCCUGCCUGCCGACCAAUGUGUGAACAGGCCAGGCAAAAGUGCUCUCCCAUUAUGGAGAAGUUCAACUACGGCUGGCCUGACUCACUGGACUGCUCCAAACUGCCCACUAAAAACGACCCCAACUCUCUGUGCAUGGAGGCGCCCGAGAAUGACACAAAACAGGAGACCAAGAAGGGAGAGGGCAUGCUCCCAGUGCCCCCCAGACCAAGACCGCCUGGCUCUGGCACCACCGGGCGCUCGGGCACCAAGCUUGGCUCCUGCGAGAACCCAGAGAAAUUCCAGUAUGUGGAGAAGAGUCAGUCAUGUGCCCCGCGCUGCUCCUUGGCAGUGGAUGUCUUCUGGUCACGGCAGGACAAGGAAUUUGCCUUCAUCUGGAUGGCGGUGUGGUCCACACUCUGUUUUGUCUCCACUGCCUUCACGGUCCUCACCUUCUUGCUUGACCCGCAGAGAUUCCAGUACCCAGAGCGACCCAUCAUCUUCCUCUCCAUGUGCUACAAUGUCUACUCUGUGGCCUUCGUCAUCCGUUCAGUGGCUGGGGCUGAGAACAUUGCCUGUGAUCGGGAGAAUGGUGAGCUCUACAUCAUCCAGGAGGGGCUGGAGUCCACAGGCUGCACCAUCGUCUUCCUCAUCCUGUACUACUUUGGCAUGGCCUCAUCCAUCUGGUGGGUCAUCCUCACCCUAACCUGGUUCCUGGCCGCUGGUAAGAAGUGGGGCCAUGAGGCCAUCGAGGCCCACAGCAGCUACUUCCACAUGGCCGCCUGGGGCAUUCCGGCAAUGAAGACCAUCAUCAUCCUCACUAUGAGGAAGGUGGCCGGAGACGAGCUGACAGGUCUGUGCUACGUGGGCAGCAUGGAUGUCAAUGCACUGACCGGCUUCGUGCUCAUCCCCCUCUCCUGCUACCUGGUCAUCGGCACCUCCUUCAUCCUCACAGGCUUUGUGGCGCUCUUCCACAUCCGCAGGAUAAUGAAGACGGGCGGUACCAACACGGAGAAAUUGGAGAAGCUCAUGGUGAAGAUCGGUGUGUUCUCCAUCCUCUACACGGUGCCCGCCACCUGUGUCAUUAUAUGCUACUUCUACGAGAGGCUCAACAUGGACUACUGGAAGUUCCGGGCGCUGGAGAACAAGUGCGCGUCCUUCCCCGGGCGGCGGAAUGAGGACUGCUCGCUGCGGGAGUCGGUGCCCACCGUUGCCGUGUUCAUGCUGAAGACCUUCAUGUCUCUGGUGGUGGGCAUCACCAGUGGCGUGUGGGUGUGGAGCUCCAAGACCCUGCAGACCUGGCAGGGCCUGUGCCACAGGAAGCUGGCGGAGCGAACUGUUAGGAAGCCCUGUGGCACGGUCAGCUGCGGCAGCUCCCACUGCCACUACAAGGCCCCGGGUGUAGCGCUCCACAUGUCCAAAACAGAUACUUACCCAGAGAGCCCCACACACGUCUGACACGCCAAGUCACUCCUUACCGGCUCUUGUGUUGACAGUGCCAAAGGGAAAGGAUGCCAUUUUGUUAUGUGAUCUUUUGAAAAAGCUCAGGUUGGACUACUUCUGAGGUUUGUUGAGUAGCAAUACCUGAAAGUGACAGUAUUUGUGCUGUCAUUUGAGGACAGGUUAUCCACGCUACUUGCUGUUAGAUCACACAUAGUUUGGCGCACAAGAUUAUUAAGACAUGCUUCUAAAUGUAUUUUUUGGGUAAAGUUAGUUGUUUCUUGUCAACUAAAUGAACAUGAAUGCCAAAGAGACGUUGCAUGGAUAUAUCAACAUUUGGUUUAUGUUCAACUCCUUGAAAGUUUAUUUAUUGUGUUAUAUAUUUAAUUGCUGGUUCAUAUGUGUUUCAUAAAUGUUUCCAUAUUGUAUGUAAGCACAUGUACUAAAGAUUUGUGAAUUAUGAUUAUAGGGCUUGAUUACAUGUAUAAGUGCCUUUUGAAAAUUAUUUUUCUGAAAAAGUGUUGUUAAUUAAAGCUAUUUAUAUAUUUUCACUUAUGACUUUACUCUCUCUAUGACAUUACAACACGUAAAGUUGUUAGGGUGAAAAUC